UGUAGUUACCUCUUAAGUACACAUAGAACAGAGGUGGAACUGUUUCAAACAGUGAAAGUCCCGAGGACAGUCUCUUUCCAAAGAUAAUAGAUUACGUGCAGGAAUUGUUUUAAAAGGAUUGUAUUUCUUGAUGUGUCUGGUGAUAGGAAUAUUUGCCAUGUUCUGUAGGUAUGGCCAGAACACACUUAUCCAGUUUGAAGACUUUGGAAACCACAAUGCUUUUCGUUUUUUAAGGAAGUACAGAGAGAAAUAUUGUACCUUCAAUGACGAUAUUCAAGGGACAGCUUCAGUGGCUUUGGCAGGACUGCUGGCAGCACAGAAAGCCACGGGUAAACCACUUGCAGAGCAGAAAGUGCUGUUCCUUGGGGCAGGAGAGGCUGCACUGGGAAUUGCAAACCUCAUUGUUAUGGCUAUGAUGGAAAGUGGUGUUUCUGCUGAGGAAGCCUAUAGGAGAAUAUGGAUGUUUGACAAAUAUGGUUUACUGGUUCAGGGCCGAGAACAAAAGGUUGAUGCUAAUCAAGAACCAUUUACGCAUCAGGUUCCAGAGCAGAUACCAAAGACAUUUGUGGAGGCAGUGAAUGUACUUCGGCCUUCAGCUAUCAUUGGAGUUGCAGGAGCUGGGCGGCUCUUCUCUCAGGAUGUGAUCAAAGCAAUGGCCUCUAUCAAUGAGCGACCCAUAAUAUUUGCACUAAGUAACCCCACAGUGAAAUCUGAAUGCACAGCAGAGGAAGCAUAUACACUAACAGAGGGCCGUUGCUUGUUUGCCAGUGGGAGUCCCUUUGAGCUGGUGACUCUGAAAGAUGGAAGAAGCUUCAAACCAGGCCAAGGAAACAAUGCUUACAUUUUCCCAGGUGUGGCUCUUGCUGUGAUCCUCAGCAGCGUUCGACAUAUUAGCGAUAAGGUUUUCCUAGAAGCUGCUAAGGCGUUGUCGGAACAGUUGACUGAUGAAGAACUUGCACAGGGAAGACUCUAUCCUCCACUGUCUAAUAUCAGGGAAGUUUCUAUUUAUAUUGCUGUCAAGGUUAUGGAAUUUUUGUACGCAAACAACAUGGCUUUCCAUUACCCUGAACCUGCAGACAAGAACAGUUACAUUCGAUCAAAGGUUUGGUCCUACGAAUACGAAUCCUUCAUGCCAGAUGUGUAUGACUGGCCUGAAUCUAAGGUUCACUGAUGCAUCAGAAGAUCACACUCCUUAGGCAGUAUCUUCUUCUCUGCAGGGAUCCCCUUUUCGAUCUGAUUUAAAUCACGAUCUUUGAGUCCUGUAAUUUAUUUUCACUCAUUUUGUUGUCUUUUUUUUUUCUUACCCCCUUCUACCCUGUUUUUCACUUGACAUGGAUUUCUCCCCACUCUCCCAAGUACCUCAUAAACUGUAUGGAUGAUGACAUCUGUCACAGGAAUGAGAGAGCUCUCCAGAAUUAAUUUAAUGACACUGUAUUUCUAGCUUAAAGCCAGCACCACAGUAAAAAUUCCAUUAAUGAUGUUUUAGAAACAUGUGCUUGAUGAUGAAUUAUAGCUCUCUCAUCACUGCCGAUUUCCAGAAUGAUUUAUUUCUGCUUUAAAUAAUCAGUCUUAUAAUUGUCCUCUUAUUGUCACACUGCAUUAUCUGUGACAUCACCAGAGAGCAUUUGUCAAACAAAAAAAGUAGCUUAAAACAAAAUUAACAGUCUAAUUUUUUCAAGGCUAGGUUGGACAGAGCAUUGGGCAGUGUGGUCUAGGGUGAUGGCAGGGGGUUGGAACGUAGUGAUCUUAAGGUCCUUUCCAACCCAGACCUGUCUGUGAUUUUAUAAUGGGGUUUCUGGUUUGUCUGAUGUUUAAAGUUUGCCAUAUCCAGUCCUGCUUGUGGCGUUGGCUCCUCUAUUUCUUUAAGUGUGCUCUGAGGACCAGCACGGUUUGCAGAUGUGGACUCUGCAGCAAUGUUUGUGUUUCAUGUUUUCAUCAUUGUGUGAAAUGUAUGAAUCAGGAAAAAUGUGAAACAGUUAACAUUAUCCUUGGAAAGCCCGAAAAUAAUACUAAUCGCUUAGCAUAUUUUAAAAACAAAGCUAUACUGUUGCAUAGUAGAUUUUAUCAUGUAAAGGGCAGGAUCUGAGAUAACUAACCAAAAUAUUUUAGAGAUUUUCCAAGGAGAGUUCCUGCAGCAGACUCCAAGGUGAUGUACCGAAGGAUUUUUGUUUCAGUUGUUAACUUUUCAAGGUUCUGUUUCUUCUAAGUUUAAUUGUUCUUUCCCUUGCAUACCCAUUUCUCACAAAGACUUGUGUGUGAAGCUUUCAUGACAUUGCAGACUCAAAAACUCCUAAGUGGACUCAGCUGCCACGUCGAACAAAUGUCCCACAGGCAGCUGAAGAAGCUGGAACAGAAAAUGUUACAGGCAGCUAUUGACACACACAUACACACAAGUCUGAAUGCUUCCUGUGGUCUUCACUCUGGUAUAUUUGGUUCAGUUUGAAUACUGGACUCGAAAGAUCUCAUGCUUCGAAGCACCAAGUUGGUCACUUCAUCUUCCUCACUCCAUUUACAGGUUUAAUUUGUCAGGGUUUUUUUUGUGUGAACACAAAAUGCAAGUUGAAUUUUUCCUUGCAAUAAGUAGUACUGCACGUUUGCUAAAGAUACCACAACGUGCGUUCCUUUCUGGUUGUUUAUACCAGGUCGAAGUGCCCUUCAUCACUUCAUAUUAGCAGGCACAGACACACACUGGUACUUAUGAUCUGUGACUUCUCCUAAUCUAAUCUCUGUAACUAGAACAGUGGUAUCUUAGGAACAAAAAUGAGGUUAAUGUGCUGUUCCAUUGUUUGCUGCAUCAAGGCAUUAAAAAAAAAAGCAAGCCAAAACUGAAUAAUUAGACAUAACAAAGCGAUAGUGGCAAACUUGAAGCCAGUGUAGUACAGAUGAAAUAAAGCUUGCUCAGGAUUUACUCAUGGCAAGCACGUCUGUCAUAGCUUCAUUUAGAUUGGAAAAUGCAGUCUCCACAGAGUAGGCCUGAAAAAGAACAGGAAAAAUAAUCUCUGUUACCCCCUUAGACAUGGGCUCUGUCACUUACUGCUUAGUCUUUGAAUUUAAAAUUAUCUCCAUGUAUUAAAUAGAAAGAGUAAACUUUGGGAAGGCUUUACCAAAGUGAGGAAUGAAGACUGAUUACAUAAACAGAAAACAGUGAUGUGGAGAAAUGACUGUGUAUUCAAACUGUGGUAAAGUGCUGUCUGGUGGGGCUUGAAAUGCUGCAUUGCCAACUUGGGCGACAUACGUGGUUUGCAACUUGUAUAUUUAAGCAUAUACACAAAAAAGACCAACACACACAUGAGAUGUUUUUACAGAGGAUGCUUUUUUCCCCAUCUAUUUUUGCUGUGCCUGGUUUUUAUUGUAUUUAAAUCUGUGAUCUUACUGAAAAAUUAUUUAUUUAGUGUACAAAUUAUUUUUGCCUCCUGAAAAUUCAGCUCUAGCUGAAGCCUGUUGUAGUGCCAGUGGAGUUCUGCAUCAUUAGAUUCAAGUACAUUGGGAAUGCACACUUCCCCACAUCUGCCCACAUACUGAUCAGGCAAGAUGAGUAACAAAAAUGUCCCAUGCACUGAUUUUGUGUCCUGGCUGGGAACGAUCACAGAGUAAGGGCAGUCAGUCCAUAAAUAUAACUCUUUGUCUUACAAAAUAAAGAUCUGCAUCCAUCUCUUCAGUCUGAUCAUUUUUUUGAGGCAAGAAGUGCAGUCACAGCCCAUGACCAGUGGGCACUGGUAGUACCUAUGAAAACCUGCUGCUUGCAAAAAUAGCAAUGCCUGUGUCCAGCAGGAGUCUUUGUUUUGGGCGAGAGUGAAUUCGGUUCCCAGGGGGAGCUCCUGCACUUGAAACUGGCAGUGGCUGCUAUCAAGCUGAGGGAAGAUGCCUGUUUUGAGCAGUGCAGUCCUUUCCCUUCCUGGCACAGGCUCCCUGCUGUCUUCAAGCAGAUGCCAAGAGGGGUCGUUCAGAACUGGCUGUCAGUGGGAUCUUCCCAAGUACAAAUGUUUCUGCAUAAAUUUUCUGGAAAUACCACUGCACAGGUGAGGCAAAAACAGUCCUUAGCUGGCUCUGAGGCUCCAGUUACUACCUAGCCCUGUCCUGAUUGCAUGUUUUGGAGCUCUAGAGUAGACUGUCCCUCUUUAACCUGUCCGAGUUACUGCAGCUAACUGGUACCAGUUAGACCUCAUCUGUGCAUCCGCACUUGUGGACAUAGUUUAAUCAGGCUCUUGCAACAAAGACAUAGUGGAAUUUUACCUAUAAUGUACUGCUGUUUUCCCUUAGCAGCAAGUAACACAUCAGCUCACAAAUGCUUAAGUGCAUUUCACUCUCGCUGUCAUCUUUUACAGGUUAUUUUUUCUUUAUAUGAAAUACAUAGAUACAUUUCUUUUUCAGUUUUGAGUAUUCUUCAGAUCCAGUUAAUCUUUCAAUUAAUUACAACUGCUACUCUUGCCGUUUAGUAAGGAAUCACAGUAGCAUUUUCAUAUAUUACUUAACCUGAUUUUUCUGUUUUAUGGCUUAUUCAAAAGCAUUUACUGAUCUUUAUCUACACAGAAAACUCUUACGCAGUAUGCAAAGGGAAAAUCUUGUCACCAGGAUGCAUUUUCUAAUGUUACAUACUGUAAGUUAAAAAAAUAUAUUGCCUAAAUGAUGACUAGUGUGCUAGCUCCUCACACAGGGACUUUCCCCUCCAAGUGGUACAGAAGUCUGUAUUUCCCAUCUCUUCUGUGAGGAUCCUGCUCUGGAUGUGCAGAACACUUUCAGAGGAUCAGAAACUCCCACUGAGGUCAGUAGCUUGGUCUUUUCCAAGACUUGCUUCCUUAAAAUCAACAGGAGCAGGACUGAGCCUCAUGGCAGCAAUGUAUAGAAGCAUCUAGAGAAGGAGAAGAAAGGUAGUUAAGGGAGUGCAGCCUAUUUUGAUAAAAUAUCCAUGUUCUUGUUCAAAGAUACGAUUUUUGUGUUCCCAAAGCCUAUGCCCACAACUGGCAUAUAGAGGAAGACUGUUAAAAUGCAGUGUCUGAUAGAUUUUAAACCCCAAAUGUGACUGUUGCAUAAAUUCUCAGUUAUGUUUGUGAAUAGUGAUGUUUCAUGAUGUUGUGAUUGUUUUCCAAGCUUAAAACAAAGCCACACUGUACCUGCAGAUUGGUGUUUAACCGGUUUCCUGUGGUAUGUGUGUGUGUUCUCUGUACUGUUGUUUCCAGCACGCUAUUUUGUGGGAGAAGGUAAAGUAACUCUUUGUCACACUCCUCUGGUAGUAACUGCAAAGAUAAGUGAUACUCCUUUUAGUUUUUCACUAGCAGCCCUAUUUGGUGACUUCUCCUGUAGGAGAAUGGGGAUUACUGAUGUAUAACUACAACUGUGAAUCUUAGUUCAGCUGACUCUGGGCCUAACUAAAUCCAAGUUGUCAUCUUCCAUUUGCUCCGGGUCGUCUGGCUUCAAAGGUGCAGGUUUGAGCACCUCUGUCAUUCAAAUAAAGUUAUCUGUGAGCCUCUCGGAUCGGACUACAAGUUUGGAUUCCCAUUCUGUCUCAGCCAUAAAUGCUAUUCCCGAAUUUAAGAAAACCACUGUUGUUUUUGAACUCUUUUUAAGGGCAUGCAUACUGCUAUUGUGGUCUGUAACAGCCGUAUGUAACAGGCGGGGACUGGUGUUACAUUGAAUACUGGAGCAAGGAGAAAAUCUAGAGCAGAGCUUGAACUGUACCCAAAUGGCUGAUGAAUUUGGGAAACGUAAUUCAGUUACCAUUGUUGAAGGAACAUCUAAUUCUGUAUGGAUCUACACUGACCUACUUACCUGCUUCCAAAAAAAAUCAUUACCAUGGUAUCGGGAAGCCUGCAGAUGUUCCGGGGGAACAGCAAGGAAAAUCCAGCUUCAGACCUCUGCUUCCUAACACUGCUUCCCAAACCGCAGCACUCCAUGAUGAUGCAGCUUACUAGUGCCUGCUCCGGGGGAAAAUGUUCAUGGGGAUUAAUCUGGAACCUGCUGGCACAGUGGACCAUGGCUCAUGUAAAAAGCUGCCUUGCAUCAGACAUUUUGUGUGCAGUGCAGAAACCUGUGGUUUGCGUUUGUAUUCCCUGCACACAAUGUUGGCGCUGGAUUGCACUUAACUCUCCAACUGUCUUUGACUCACCCGUCCGUUAAGUAGCUCCUUCCUAAUGGAAAUAAAAAUACUGUUAGGAAUACACAGACAUAGUAAGAUGGCCAGUUUGUCAAUAAAUGUCAAAAUAAUCCACAUUUAUUUUUACUUUGAGCAUAUCUACCUUACAAAAAUAAAUGUAAGUCUACUGGAGUGCUUAUGAGAACAGUUCUAGCUUCAUCUGUCCAGUCUUGGCUUUACCUGGGAGGGUCAUUGCUCAGCUGAAACUAAAAUUGUAUUUAAAUGUAAACAGGUUGGGGAUUUUUCUUCCUUUAUAAUGUUGUAACUCUAUUGAAAUGUGUGUUCUGGUCUUCUAUUUUCUUAGUAAAAUGCAUUCCCUUUGCUUA